GACUAUAUAUAGGCCAAACAAACGUUCAGAUGCAGAUCAGUAGCUGCACAGUGUCAAAACCGGAGCUUGCCGAAAAUGGAGGUGUUUGGCCUGCUCGACGUGCCUCUUUGGUUGUUGAUGUUGAUUGGCGUCUUGACAUUAUACAGCACGUACAUGUCCUGGCAUCAUGGGAUCUUCAAGAAGCUGGGGAUAGAUGGCCCCCCUCCCAGGCCCAUUGUCGGCAACCUGAUGACCAUCUUGAAGAGUGGAAUGCAUGGAGCUGACUUGUACUGGUGCCAGACUUAUGGAAAGGUGGUGGGGAUCUUCAUGACCCGGUUGCCGAUGCUUCUGAUAUCAGAUGACGAGAUGAUGAAACAGAUAAUGGUGAAAGACUUCAACCUUUUCCCCAACAGACAGGAGAUUCCCAAGGCAAUGGUUGGCUUCCCGAUGGAUCAGUCUCUGGUUUUCUCAAAAGAUGACCAUUGGAGAUUCAUUCGGAACUUCAUGACGCCAACGUUUAGUGCAGGCAAGCUGAAGAGGAUGAUGCCGGUAAUCAACAGGAUGAGUGACAGGCUGGUGGACCUGUUGACCGAGCGGGCGGAGAACAAGGAGGAGGUGGAGAUAAAAAAGUUUCUGGAGAAGUACACCAUGGACGUGAUAGCUGGGACUGCAUUUGGAAUGGAUGUCAAUGCCCUCAACAACGAAGACGACCCAUUUGUCAAGAACGCCAAGACCAUCCUGUCUAAUGGCCUGAACUCAGCAUACAUUGUUUUUAUAACCUUCUUCCCCUUCCUCAUCCCACUGACGUCGUUGCUUGGUUACCACUUGUUCCCUGAAUCCAACAUGAACUUCUUUGUCAAGGUGACCAACAAGAUCCUUGAGGAGAGGAAAAUUGAUCCAUCGAGCAGCAAAUACACAGACUUCAUUCAGCUGAUGGUGAAUGCAGACGAGGAGAAGCGACAGACGAUGCAACAGAAUGGUGGAGACACUUCCAGCAGCAAUGGCCAACCUGCAGGCCUGACCAGGGACGAAAUUAGUGCUGCCGCGCUGCUGUUCUUCAUCGCUGGCUACGACACGACUGCUUCUACCAUGUCUUUCUGCGUGUAUAACAUCGCCACCCACCCCGAGGUGCAGGAGCGGCUGGUAGCCGAGAUAGAGACUGUGCUGGGGGACCAAGAGCCGGAUUAUGACAGUAUUCAGAAACUGGAGUACCUGGAAAUGUGUUUGUCAGAAACACUCAGGCUUCACCCCGCUUCUGUCAGGGUGGAUCGAACCUGCACCAAGGACAUGGAGGUCAAGGGCGUGAAGAUCCCCAAGGGCAUGACAGUGGGGAUUCCCAUCUAUGCCAUCCACCACGACAGUGACCGCUGGGACAGGCCUGAAGAGUAUGACCCAGAGAGAUUUAGCGCUGAAAACCGGAGCAAGCAUGGCCCAUUUGACUACCUUCCAUUUGGAAAUGGACCCAGGAACUGUAUCGGAAUGAGGCUUGCUUUAGUGGAGGCAAAGAUAACACUUAUCAAGCUUUUUAAGAAUUUCAAAUUCUCAUCAAGCUCAAAAACACAGAUUCCCCUGACGUUCAUGCUGUCUGCAUUACUGAGGCCUGCUCAGGGUCUCUGGAUCCGGAUUGAGAAGAGGUAGACGAUUUGUCUUGAAUGUGUGACAGACUAGGGCCAAAACAGCAGCUUUUGUAUUUCAUGUAUGACCAUGUCCCUCAUUUGAAUGUUACCAUGUUGGUAUUGUGAUUUUAAUAUGACUUAAAACAGCUUUAAUACUGGAAUGGCAGUGAAAUAGUGAUAAAAAAUUGUUUCAAACAAGUAAAUACAUAUAUUUUUUCAUGUUGAUAUUGGUUAUUUUACAAAUGUCCUUCAAAAUGAUGUGUGGUAUUCAACUGAAGCAUGAAAUUUGAAACCUCUGAAAUGACCUGAUUAUCAAACAUGUAUUCCGGGAGCCACUAUAUCUAUGUACACCGAUUGUUUUCAACUAACCACGAUGUUGGAAACUGUCUUGUGUUUAUUUUGUUGUAAUGUUUACUAUAACAUGUCUUUAGUGUAUGUCUCUUUUAGUGUUCUCGUAUUGUUUAACCUUGAAUGUUGACAUUUAAUAUUUUACUAUUACCUAUUACCAAUAUUAUUUCUUUUAUUUGAUUAAAGGAUAAUUUCAAACCACAUUAUACAACAAUUUAUUUUAAUUGAAGGUUCAAACCAAAUUAAUUUUCCCAAGAAGGGCUUCUCAGUGUAUUCACUGAUCCAGGUCUUAAUUCCUCUUUCAUGCAAAUUAUUUGAUAACCAGCGUAUUGACUUGGUGUAGAUUUUAACAGGAUUUUCUUAAAGGGGGCCUUGAGUUUAUUUAAUUAGCAACUUCAUUUGGGGUUGGGGUGGUAUGUUUUCAAUAUAUAUGUUCAAUUACAGAAUUUGUUCAAAGGAGGUGGAACUUUUCAAUUUUUACCUUCCUUUUGGUAGACAAAAUGCGAGAGUAUUUGCAAGGUCUAUAAUUACAUUGAGGUAUUUUCAAAUGGAGGUGGGGUUAAGUGUGGGGUUUAGACUCCAGGAUAGUUUUCCAUGAUCAGCAGUUACAAACACAAAUAAUUGGUGCUCUUAUAUGUUAGCUAGAACUUACCAAAGUUUUCAUGCAUUAUAAUUAACAGUUUUCCAUGAUGAGCAGUUACAAACACAAACAAUUAGUGCUCUUAUAUGUUAGCUAGAACUUACCAAAGUUUUCUUUAAGCAUUAUAAUUAACAGUUUUCCAUGAUGAGCAGUUACAAACACAAACAAUUAGUGCUUUUAUAUGUUAGCUAGAACUUAACCAACUUUUCAUUAAGCAUUUAAUCGAAUUAUAAUUAACAGUUUUCCAUGCUGAGCAGUUGAAUACACAGAAUAAAAUGCGGUAUAUGUAUAGUAGAGAGAAUCUAUCAAGUGACUCUAUAUGUUGAUAGAGCCUUUCCCAACAAUUCUUGAUUAGACUUUGAUUUUGAAAUCCUGGUUGCAGGAAUGUGUGUUUGUUAACCUGUAGAGGUAGCAGUGCGGUACAGAAUAGGCUGUGUACGAAGUUCAUGUUUCCAUGGAACUGUCUUUGUUAGUUAGUCAGUGUCUAAGUUUUAGAGAAGACAUGAAAAGGUGCUCAAGAUUUAAUAUCUUGUUCCAUGUAGUGAACACAUGUUCAGGCUUUUCCUAGACCUGCUCACAGGCCGAUAUUCGGCGCCAACUCUGCAGCUCACAUCAGUAAACUUUCCUUAAUUGGAACUAAAAGUAUCCAAAUUCAUUUAUAACGAGUAUGUUAUACUUUUUAGACGUGACUUGUAUUUCAAUGAUAAGGAGACCAACAAUGAACAAGAGGCUCAGAUGAUUAAUUCUACGUUAUUGCAUUAAAUUGUGCAAUUAAACUGAGUUAUGAAAACAAGAACUUAAGAAAGAAUAUACAUUUUUAACAAAAUAAUUUGUUUCCCCAAUAUGCUUGCCAAGAGCACUUUGUUUGGGAUCCUACAUAAAUCCCUGAUAAUUUUGCAUUCAGGAAACAGGAAGGAUUAUUUUACGUGUUUUUCAUUUUGUUUUGUAUUUUAGUGUCUGUAGAUUCCUUAAACCAAUUAAUACAAGGUGUUGCCUCAUGCUAGUCUAGGUAAGUCGUUUUAUAAUUUUGAUGAGUUGGCUUAUAAAGUUUUGUACCCAUAAUUCAAUGAAGUUGGAUUACACAGAAUUCCUAUGAUAAAAGGCCAAGAGGUAUGUGAGUUAUGACAGCCAUUGUACGAAUGGUAAAGAGUGCCUUGUGAAACACACCCAAGAUAGGUCCAUGCAUUGCAAUGCAAAUAUUGAUAUAUUAUCAUGAUUUUUUGUUGUAUAUUCUAUGUGUGUGAAUUCAGAGCUAGAUGUUAGCACUAACCUCAGUUGAAAUGUAUCAUGCCAUUUUCUUCCCUAUUGUUUACAAGGCACUCACUGCACACGCACUGCAAAGGACACGAUGUGAUAGGAGCCCUUUCAGCGCAACGGAUCUUCAUAAUUUAAGAAAUGAGGAAAUCGUUUUUUUGAAAUCGUUAUUAAUGUUAUCAGAUGUGUUAUUAUGAAUCUGAAUUAGAUUCAUUUUAUCAAUUUGAUGUUCGGACUAAUAACUACACUAAGGUUAGGCUAAGAAAUGUGUCAAUAAAGCUGAGCUUUGAGGUUUUCAGGAAGCAUUUUUCUAAUAUUUGAACAUGAGCAGUUUUUGACCAAGCCGAAUUCCUGAUGAGAUGUAGAAUAAGAACAGUACACAUAUUGUACAAGAUUCAUCUUGGGUCACGGCCUGCUCAUGCUAAGAUUUUUACUUGAAGUUUAAAAGUCAACCUUUUAUUUUGACGUGACGUGAGAUAGCCUAAACACAUUGAUGAUUUGAGAUUUGCCGAGCGCGCUCCCCCGCCUCGGCCUCGGUUAAACGGCUCAUCGUCUAUAACGCCCACCAAUUAUUUGGACCCCAUUGGUAGCGUUGUAGCGAGGGACCACUGUACCUUCGUAUCAGAAGUCCAAAACAAGAUUACAAAAGAAAACUACUUGUUUUUAACAUGUCUUAUUGAGAUAUCAUUACAUCACAAUUUUCUGCAACUUUACAGUUUGACAUUUCCUGUAGGGCUGAAAAGGGCUGUUAACCUACCUUGUCCUUUGCCUUUGUUUCUAAAUGCCUGGUAAGGCUAAAAAAAUAAUAGUGUUGAUUCUCAGGCACCACCCACAUCAUCAUAAAGUCUGACGCAUAUUUCGUUUUUAUUUCCAUUUUAAAAUUUUUAAAAGAAUCCUAAUACUUAAAAACAAUGUGCCCGCCUGCUCUAUAUUUUCAAAAGUCAUUGCCUGAGAACCAAUUCUUUUAUUUUCUUAAGCCUAAUGCAACUACUACCAUGAUAAGACUUGCUCAGUUCCCUGGAGGAGCGUUAUUGGCUGUUGCUUUACCGACCAGAAACCUGCUUAUGUAACAGGUGUUGUCGACCAUCCUGUUAUUGUUUUUGAUAACAACUGUUGAUUUGAUUUAAACCACCCUGUUAUUGUUUUUGAUAACAACUGUCAAAUUGAUUUUGACACGGGCUUUUGUUGAAUGAAAUGUUUUUAGAUAGAUACAACACACUAUCACAUUGUUUACAAAAAUCAAGCAAAACACAGGGACCCCCAUGCAACACAAGGCAUCACAAUUCACUGGGCAGAGUUGCUUCCCUUAGUUAUGCCAGGAAAUGCAGAUGGAGGGCUAUAAUGUCAGAUUUGCCUUGAAUAUUAUCUAUGGCUUGUCAGUGACUUACCCUUGCUUUUGGAUUUGACCAUAGUGGCAUGUGUUAACGACAUCACUUCGGGCUUUCCUCCCAGAUUAAACAGACACACUAGGUAAAUACUGCUCAAACUUCAAACUUGUUAUUCUAUAUUUUAAAAAAUACUCAGAUGAUUAUGUACUCAUUUUAAUGUGUAAAUAUGAUUGAAUGAAUUUUUUCUGUUAUUAACAUACUAAAUUUCAGGACCAAAAUGACCAAAUUAUGAUGUACCAAAGUUCCAUUAGCUUCACGGGUAGAACCUUUGUUCGUGUAAUUCCAGGACUCGCUUCAAUGUCUGUGAAGUCAUUGAUACUUAGUUAUCGUUUGCUCAUUGUAAUUAUGAGUAUCCGUCUCAGUAAGCGAAUAUUCUAUGGAAUAGGUCCACUUCUUAGCCUUAAUAACGUGCCAUUGUCUUUAACUGGUGAUUGUACGAGGGCUUCAUUAUUCCGUGUGUUGAUCAAACCUUUACAAAACAACCUUAUACACCAAAUAAAUUAUAAAGGCCAACAGUUUUAUUGUCUACAUAGCUAUUUGCAUAAACCCAUGUACCCUAAUUGCAUGUACCUCUAUUAUACUGAGAUUUUCAUGAUCACUUGUAACAGUAUCUAUUGUACCCUGGGGCAUCUGUUGCUAACCGUAUAACUGCUUUGAUUAUCUAGGUGAACUAAAACGUACUUGUUUGGAUGAUGGCGCUGUUAGCUUGUAUACUGGGUUUCGUGAACAGCAAAAUCUCGUUAAUCCGGAUCAGUGGAAUCAACCUUAUUCGUAAAGGCCGAGGUAUAAUGGGGGCUAGGGCUGGGACAAGUCCAAAGUUACUACCCGGGUACCCAUCCCAUAUUACCCGACCCCACCCAGGUGCCCGCUGUUGGCCUCAAGAGAUAGCUACUAACUGUCCGAUUGGGAAAAGUCUGACCAUAGCCUUGGACAAAAUGUAUUUAGAUACACUAUAAAAAGUUCUGGUCAUCCAUACAUUGAAGUUGACUGAAGUUUUAUUUAUUCAAACUUAUAAAAAUCAGUAGGAAUGAGCGUAGUAGUCAGAGAGAACUGCGAACAUUAGUGACUCGUAGUUUAACCAUAGAGUUCUAGAUACAUGUAUUUGUUGUCAUUAAACAAUAUAUCACGGGACUAACCAGGGGCCCGGGUAGUCCUUAGUGUACCCGGAUCUUACUCAGUACCCGUCCCAGACCUAAUGGGGACUAUUAUGUUCAGCAGCAUCUGCAUAAUUUAAGUUAUGAGCAAAGCUGAAUCUGUCAUCAACGUUGCCAGAAGUGUUUAUGAUAUUGAUUAUUUUUGUUUCAUUACUUGGAUAUUUUGUGAAUUUAACCAAUAAAUGUUGAAUUUAAAAUGUGUAAAAAAGGAAGCAAAUCUUUGACCCGAACCUAUUUUCUCAGCACAUUUGAGAUGAAGAAAAUACAAACAUAUGGGACAUGUCUGAUGAAAUAUUUCAACGUUUUCUGAGACUUAAAAUGUGACAUUUCCCUUUGGCCAAAAUGUCCCGUCCUUUCCUGAUUGGCAUGGGCACCUACCUUCAAGAAUUAGUAUACACGGGAGUUUCCUAUAGCUGCCUGGUAGGAAGGAGUUCCACAUUAACAGGGGCCGGAAUUACGAAGAUCCGCUGUACAAGUUUAUCUGUGCCAAUGCAGACAGAAACAAUUUGAAGCGGCAGUAAAAUAUAUUCAAGUGUUCGCAUUACCUCGUGGUCAAUGUUAUGUAUGUAGAGAGAGGAUGGGUUACAGCUAUACUAACCUUGUCGGUGUGCAAACUGUCGGCGUAUCUUUAUGUACCGGUUAUGUAGACAAAGUGUCCCCGUGUCAAAUUUGCUUAAUGCAUCACGUUUCGCAUGGAACGCACGUGCGGCACGCACUUCUAGGACGCGUGCUCGAAGUAAAGUAUGUAGAGGUUUGUAUACAAGAACAUAUGCUGUGCUUUAACACGCAUUGCCUUACCGUUGACCAGUGCUUUUCCUGUUGACCGCAAAAUGGCAUUGCAAAGUGACACCACUCGGAUGUUCAGGGAAGAAAUUAGAGUAUUGUUGUGAUUGUUAUAAGUUUAAUAUGAGAUUUCUUAUCUGUUUUGCAUUCUUCCAUUGAAACAAUAGUAUGGGUUCAAGAUAUUUCGUUGUGUUUUUCAUCAUAGCUGAGAUGUUAGUUGUACCUGCGGUGUUGUUUUGGUGUUAUUAUUAUCCACAACAGAUUAUUUGGCACGAUUAUGUUUUGUAUGCUAUAUAUUCUUUCCAAAUUCUCAACCUAUGCUCUCGCUUUGAUAUGGGGUGUGUCAUGUGAUCUAAGGCUGUCUUAGCCCUUUCUGAACCCAUUUACCGUUUCUCCUGAUAAUGAUUCUUGGUUUGUCGGCACCAUUCCCGUUCUCGAAUGUACUGAUUUCUACGACCAUUGCCACUGUGGUCUUUCUCCUCACGGGGCGGUAGGGUAGCCAAGUGUAUAAAGCGUUCGCUCGUCACGCCGAAAGCGGGUUUCGAUUCCCCACUUGGGUACAAUGUGUGAAGUCGUCUCCCGUCGACAUAGUGUUUGAAUAUUACUAAAAGCGGCGUAAAACCAUACUCACUUUCUUCUCACAUGAAGCUGACACGCCAUGACUUGAAAUACUGUUCAAAGCGGCGUUAAAAUCAUUCGCUCACUCACUACGUUUGGCUAUGCAAUGUAGGUUUUGAGUUGAAAUCUGCCGAGGGUGAUCAUGUACGAAUUGCCAUUACUACCAAGAAGGGUCUUGGUAAUGGGUUCAUUUAAGACAAAGUAGCUUUAAGAAAUGAUUUUUACUCAAACCACUUGUUGUUGAUGCACUGAUUGACGAGACGGUCCAAGUAACUGCUCCCGAUUGUAUUGAUAUUGUACUUAUUGUAAUUUUUAUUUACACUUAGGUUUGAAAUAAAAAGACAAUAUUAUUAUAUGUCUCAUUUGUGUCUUA